AUUUAAGCACAAAAUUAAAAAUGUACACAUUUUCUAUUAGUUACAACUCGUCCUAUUCUUGUAAUAUCUGAAAAUCUUUCAGAUAAAUUGAGACCUUUAAAAUCAGUUAUAUUUAAUAUUUGUUUUCUGAUUACAACAAAUUAAACCUAGGCAAAAGUAAAUAUGUAGGCUAUUUGAACUAAAAAUUAGCUCAUAUAGUGUAUUCAUGAAUUCAUAGCCUGUGCUCAUGUUUUCUUCAAUGUCUGAUGUCUCACUACAAGGAUAUCAAAGUUUUUUUUUUUUUAAGAUAAUGAAGUGAUUAAAUCAUGCAAGAAAACAUACAACAUGUUUAGUAACUGAAGCCCUGUUUUGGCAGCAGUAUACGUCAAAAGUAAACAUGUUUACUCAGAUUGAAAAUAAUUAGCAUCCAAAAAAAAAAAAAAAUUGUCUGGGGAAAUCAUGCACUGCACUGCAGACAAACACACAUACCAACAUCUACAGCCAAGUCUGAGUUAUCAGUCUUGAUCUGAGUGUUUACUAAAGGGAAGGGUUUGUACGUGUUCAGCUAAGUCAAGGAUGACAAGACUUUUCCAUGUAAACUAGGACAACAUUUACCAAACUGCCUCUUAGUGCAAGGAUUUUAUACGAGUCAGCUGAAGGAAUCUUCUGACCGACAAGACAGAAUGGAGGUAAAGGUGUACGUUGAAGGAGUCCAGCGCAUUGUUUGUGGAGUCACUGAGAAAACAACAUGUCAGGAGGUGGUCAUCGCUUUAGCACAGGCACUUGGUCGCACUGGUCGAUAUACUCUGAGAGAAAAAUUCAAAGAAUUUGAACGUAAUGUGUCUCCGGAUGAACGUCUCCAGGAGUCCUUGGAGAAAUAUGGUGAGCAAGCUAAGGAGGUGCAGCUCACUUUGAAGCAUGUCGGUCCAUCGCUUGGGGAAGCAACAAACCAGUCCAUGGCCCUAUUGAGGCGAGCGGAGGGAAUGGGGAGGGCAUCGAGAGGCAGCGGGGCAAUCGCCCUACAGCGUCAGAGUCUCCCGCCGCUAUCACACCUCUGCAUUCACUCCGAGCCACCCCCUGAGGAACCAAAGAGACCCAAGCGGAAGUCACUGACGCUAAUGGAGGAAGCAUGGGGUUGGUUGGAAAAUUUGGGCAGGGGCGGGAAGCAGCAAUCAGGACGAGAUAAGGAGAAAAACAAGGAAGGCAAUAAAGGAAAUGGGCACUCAGAUAAUGCAUCUCUAAAACCAACCAAAAGUAUCCCAGCCUCUGGGACACCGCUGUCAAGGGACAAAAAAGACAAAAUUAGAGCACCACAUCAGCCUUUGAUUAGUUGCCUUGGAAACCGUUGGAGAUGCACCGAUAAUAGUACUGAAUGUGAGAGACAAGAGGAAGAGGUACAGAAAGAUUCAAAGGAGAACCUGAAAACCAUCAAUCCAGUGGUUCCUAUGGUCAAACCAAGCCAUGUUGAAAGCGAGAGUGAGGAGAUUUCACAUUUAAGGAGACUAGUUGUCCAACAACAGGCUUGUCUGCAAGAACUAAAUCUCAAAAUUGAGUCAACGGACCAGCUGAUCCUUGAGCUUGAGCAGCAGCAUGCCACCAGGGAAUUUUCAGAGUCCCAGUCAGAAGAAGAGGAACAGCUCAAGUUCUGGCUCAAUGAGCUCAAGGCGGAGGAAGUCUUUGAGAGAGACCUUCAGAGGCAGUUCUUUCAAAUAAAAGAAGAAGCUACUGAGUGCAAAGCUAAACUAGAAGAGUACAAGCAGAAGCUGCAAGCAAUGGACCUGAGAAACUCUCAGCAGAAAACAGGGCAUGACAUCACUGGACAGAAUAGCCAAGUAGAUGCGCCAAAACAUGCCCAAACAAGUAUCAAACAAAUGCAGAUCUCAGCAGACGGAACGCAUGAUGGUGGAACAAAAAGGGUGAUAACAACGCUGGAGUCCAAACUCCCAUACGUGUUUGUUUCAGCAAAUCAGAUCUCACAUCCUCCUCUAAGUGGACCAGCAGACCUGAGGGAAUGGUGGACACGAUGGUCUCAAAGCCAGAAUCCAGCAUCAGUGACAAAACCAAAGACAGUGCAUCGUUCUGAAAUCACCAUACAGCUGGGAAGCACCAGAGUUUAAGAACACGAAACCCCUUCUUUUCCAUUCAGGGAUAUGUCUAUUUUUAAUGGCACAAACGUUUGCGAAGGCAUGUUUUAUAUGUCUAAGGUCUCAAGGUUCUGUACAGUGCUUUGCUAGUAGAAAAAAAAAAUUAAACAUACUACACUUUUGAUUCUCAUAAAAUGUUUAUUUCAAUUGUUUCAUUCAAGACCAUUAACAAAAAGUAUAUAGGAGAACCUUAAGGUUCAACACAAACCCAGGGUGCUCCAGAGAAUAUUCAUGACAGUAAUAGUUCCAUUUGUCAUAAGAAGCACUGCAAAUAGCCUCUAUCAACAUAAUUUCUCUGCAUGUUUUUAAAUGUUACUUAUUACACUUCCCCCAUUUCUCAAGAUCUGCACACAUUUGCUUGUUUUAUUCAGGUUUUCAAAAGGUCCACCCAAGUAAAAGCACACAGUACAUACAGUAUAUCUCAACCCACAGGUUUGGGGGACGCACACCAUUAUUCUCUACUUGGAAAAAAGCCACCCUACAAUUGCUCUUAUAUUUUGGCGGCUGUUUGGGGAUAGAGGAGACACCAAUUUUUUUUAUUUUAUUUUUUUGUUUUGUUUGUUUUUAGGCACCUUUUUCUUAAUUUAUUCAUUAGCAGACAUUGAGUUUUAAGUUGAACUCAAGGAAGGAAAAAAUAAAAAAAAAAGUAAGUAUGUGCAAAGAAAAAGCUAUAUAAUAAUAAAAAAAAAUAAAAUAAAAAAAAAGACUGCAGGCUACAAGAUGCCAUUAGGAAUUCUGCACUUGCCCAGACGGAGCUAGUGAAAUCAGGGAAAGAAUUAAAAAAAAAAAAAGGCUCCUUAAAACAAUAUAAUUUGAAUACAAAUCAAAAAUGGUAAUUUACACAAUCAAAAACCAUACACAAGCGAGUUCUGAGCGCAGAAAAAAAAUUUAUUUCAUUUUCAGAUCCAUGUUAAAAGCUACUCAAAGGAAUUAGGUGUGGAAAAUGUGAGUGAAAAGAACUUUAAAGUCAUAUUUCAUUUCUCACCAGAAAGAGGCCAACAAUAUCUCAACAUCACCUGGGUGAGAAACUCAACAUGGGGAGAAGUAUUCAAGUGAUACAGGAAGAAUAAAGUAUAUAUAACGGAAGUCAAAAUACAGACAGGCAAAGCUACUCUAAAACAAUAACUCAGUCACACAGCAGCAGGUGCAGAAUUC